AAAUUCACGCACAAUUAAAGUUGCAGUCGACAUUUGUAUAAACGAAUGUUGAGUUUCAACCUAACUCUCUCGGGUUUUGGGCAGUAUAGGACCAGCGGGAAUCCAAGUUAACAAGAAGUUGUUAUCACGAGGAAACUUUGACAAAACGAGUGGUCACUUACAUGCAGCCAUGUUGCUCAAUAAACUGACUCAGCAGUUUGGACACCCCACACAGUCUUUGAUUGGCUGGCUGGUAAAAAGAUUUCUGGAGAAGAAAAAUUGGGUCUUAGAGGCGAAUGCGGCGAAGCUGGCACAGAUCCAGCCCAAUAACACAGUCUUGGAAGUGGGCUUUGGACCCGGUUUGGGGCUCCAGGAAGCUCUCCGUUACCUAACUGACUCUAAUGGUAAGCUGUAUGGACUUGACUACUCUGAAUACAUGCAUAAAACGGCCACUAGGCGACUCCAGGAGCAGAUAACUUCUGGAAAAGUACAGCUUAUACUGGGCAGCGUGGAGGACAUCCCACUCCCGGACUCCAAUGUGGACAGAGUAUUUCAUUGCAAUUGUUACUACUUCUGGCCAGACCUCAAGAAGUGUUCUGCAGAACUGCACAGAGUGAUGAAACCAGAAGGACUUAUGGUUGCUACCAUCAACUUGGAUUCUAUCAAAAAGAAUGUCUCCAGAGGAUUGCUGCAAGGAAAAAUGUGGCAACCUGAACUCUACAUGGAUGCUUUACUGGCCACUGGCUUCAAAGAUGUUCACAUAAAGGACAUGGAACAUAGAAACUUCAAGUAUAAGGCCAUUUUCGCUACUGCAUUCAAAUAAGAGUUCAAGGCGGAUAUUGCAAAUUGAACCCAACAUAAGUGCUUCAGGAUUUGUUUUUUUUUUCUUGCUUUUUUGAAUAAUCUUGCAAAUUCAAAAUCAUUUCCUGCUAGAUUUUAUUUAUUCUCUGUGUAACUCUCUAAUCUAAAACCAAGUACUUUAUUGCUUGAGAAUGGGAAUUGAAACAUUUAUUACAAUAACUCUAAUGUUAUAAGCAAAGAGAUAAUUAACACAAGUAUUUAAAAGAAAAUCUACAGAAAAUUUUAAUUUAUUAAUCAUUACUGAGCCCACAUUAUCCAGGUCAGGGUCAGGGAAAAUGGAAACCCCAGUCAUGAAAAUAUUUAGUUUUUUGUAAAUCAAGAUCUGCAAAAUUUCAUGUUUUGUUUCUUUUUUUUUUCUUUUUUAACUAUGCGAAAGCAAAUGCUGAUUGACUCUAGGAAGCACACUGUACAUACAGUACAUCAUUCUUAUUCCUUACAGAUUCACGAUACUCGGUUCAAAUCUAAGCCGUGUCACUUUAUCUAUGUGGGUUUAAUAAUGGUUAGAUGAAAAAUUAACAGAAAGAUCAUGCCAAAAAAAAAAAAUAAUAACCAAAACUUCUUUGUAGGUUUGCAAUAUUGGAACAUAGGUGAGUCUUAAAAUAUAUGAGCCAUUACUAGGAAAUCUUUAUUGGAGCAACUGUAUCAUUUUAAAUGUUAUCUUGGAAAGCAGAUUAAGGGUCACAUUUGCUGGCAAUUCUACAUUUGAUUGUCUCUUGUUUUAUGUUUAAUGCUAGUGCUACCACCACAGCCCUGAAACAAUCCAAUUAUUAAAUUAUUUAAUUGUACAUUUAUAGAAGAGGUAAAAAUAAACAUCAUAAUGUUUCUUACAUAAAUAUCAAGAAGUUCUGGGCCUCAUAAUGUUUGUAGUGCUUGGAUCUGUCAGAUGCCUAAAACUGUCCUGACCACAGAUAGAUACUUCUGAAAGAGA